AUGCCAGUGGGAUCUGGUGACAUGUCACCCUGUGUCGACAACAUCAUACACCACACAUUCUUCAAUCUUGCCUGGGAUGUUGGCACGACUAACCCUGCGGAAUCCCAUUCCCGACUACUCAUAUAUCUUCAUUGGUCAUGUCCUGGCUCGAACAUAAAAUCCAACUCUUUGAUGACCCUUGACCUCAACAACGGUCUGGUCUGUCUUCUCUCAGCAUUUUUUCAGCGCGUCUCACUUGUACCAAUGGAUAUGGAUGAUAUUUUUGGAUCUGAUGACCCGAUGGAAGACAGCCACCCGGGCCAGUCCCGUUCUCCGAACAAACCUUCUUUACGCCGUGAUUUGUGUUCUUUAUUGUUACUUUCUCUCUUGUUGUAUCACCAAGGGAGAACGGGGGCCACAGGCUUGAAGUGGAUCGCUGGCCGGGUGAUCCGAGACACUUUCAAAGAUCAGAUCGGCGAAUUCAUAUUGCGCCCUGAUCUUCAAGCCUUCAGCAAAACCGUUGCCGAAGAUCACACUACUAUGUUGCAGAGUUUAGAGGUUCUAACUUUUAACUAUCUGAAGGGUCUAAAGCCUGAAUAUGUAGAUGCUCAUUGUCCUGGCGAUUAUGUCGCCGGUGAGGCGUGUAUUCCUGGCACCGCAAUGUACAUGUUUAUUAAAGACAAUUUAAAGAACCAGCGCAGUAAGGUGCGCUCUGCGCUUCUCACCAACAUUCUCGGAGUUCGCGAGGGUAGUUUACUCAAGGUUCCUGCUGCCAAAUCAAUGGUCAUUCAGGUUGCCCGAACGUUUUUGGAAAGCGUACGUCCUUUGGAGGACAAUGAGGUCUUGCCGAAAUUGGGCCGGCCCACAGUGAAGCGAAUCAUCUUCAUGCGAUAUGUGACAGCGUACAACUACCUCAAUCACACUGAGAAUAAAAGACGUUGCCAAUGGACGCUCUUGGACAAGGCGCUUGUGGAUCUUCGUGCAAGGCCCGAAAGCAAUACAGCUUUAUACAUCAACAAGAUCAUCCGGUAUGACCGACAGGUUUUCGAUGGCAAGCGAACAUGGGCGACAAUCAAAGCAUCCGUCACACUCCCAGCCCCCUUUGUGGAUCAGGUCCUAGCUUCCGUUCAAGACCAGAGUUGCUCAGAUCUCAUCGGUGAUGAGAGCGGUCCUUCCGGUAAUCAGGCUACGGGGGAGGACUUUGAGGAGGAGUAA